AUUAUAGGUCUGGGUUUUUCUAAAUGGACAUAGCUUUCCGCAGAGAGUAUGCUUUGGGUCUAUCAGAAGGACGCAGAGCAAUACUGUUCCUGAAUUCGGAGCACAAAAAUUGCUGCAGGCAUAUCCAUGCCAACUGGAGCAAGAAACAUCAGGGAAAGAUCACGAAAAAACACUUCUGGAUAUGUGCUAGAUGCACCACACAACCUCACUUUCUUCAACAAAUGAAUGUUUUGCAAAAAAUUGAUCCUACAGCUCGAGCAGAUGUGGAUCUUUAUGAUCACCUCAUUAGUGUUGCAAAGUUUUCUUUAGAAUUGAUGCUAAGUGUGAUGCUCUUGACAACAACUUUUCUGAAUCUUUUAAUAAUAGACUUGUAAAAUCUUGGUCUAAGUCUAUUAUUUCUAUCUCAGAAUCCAUUAGAGUUGCCACAAUGAAACAAAUUGCAAAGAAGGUAAAGUUUGGAAAUGUGGCCAUGUAACAUUGGACCUCAAAUUAUGAAGAAUCUAAAUGCAAACAUUUAUGAAAACAUGGGAUGGAAGGUAUUUGCUAUAUUUAGAAGUGAGCAUUCCAGUAUUGGAUAUCUGCUACUACAUGUACAUCUAAUUUUAUCAAACCAGGUUGUCUUUAAUGGUCAUGACACUUAUGGGGUUAAACAAGGAAGACACCAGUACCAUGUACGGCUAGAAGAAAGAAUUUGUUCUUGCAGGGGAGUUGUUUUGGAAAAGGACACAACAAAAUGAUAUUGAAGCCCCAAUUCUAUAAAAGGACCGGAGGACAUCAUGAGGUAGAACAACAAUGACAAGAAAAGGUAGAGUGAUAAUGUAUUCUAUCUGCAAGGUAGCAGAACAUAACAAAUCUAAAUCCCCCCAAAAAACCCACCAAAACAGACCACAAAGAGAAGAUUAAGAAGAAGAGCACCAGAAAAAUUGCCAGGCCUACAAACAAUAGAAGAAGGCAGAGAGGUCUUCAAAGUGAAGAACCUGGUCAGCCAAGUCAAGAAGGCGGUCUGGCUAGUCAACAAACUGAACAAUCUAUGCAAUUGCAAAGCUAGGCCUAGGGUAAACAAUCCCUUUUUGUGGACCAAUUUGCAUCUUAGACUCUUGGUUAGUUAUUGUGAAACAUGUUUUGGAUAGCUUAUGUUGAACGUAGUAGUAUUAGUGAAUUUGGUUUUGUACUUGUACCGUGAGUUAUGGGUUUGUAUUUAUAUUGUGUUUGUAAACUCUCAUUUCGAGGUGUGUAAUCGAUUGAGAUAAGUUUGACGUAAGAGUGAAGUUUUGUGGGAGUUUA